GAAGGGGGUGCUCAAGGUGUGCGCAAGUCUACUUCAUAUGUACCCCAUGACAGAGGUGUGUGUGUGGGGUGUCCCUGUUCCCAGACCUGGCCUGGCAUCUGCAGAGCCUGGAGCUGGAGAGAGGUGUGAGCCUGGUCUGAGCCCACCUCGACCCUGCCUUUCCCUGGCAUCUGUUACUCUGCCCAGGACCCCUCCAUUCUUCCCCUUAUUUCCUGCCUCUGACUGGAAGGGUCACCUAGGGGCGUUUUCCCCUGCUCCCAAGCCACAGCGGGAAUGUCCCUGCUGAUUCCUGAGCCCCCAGGUCGGCUUCCUCUUUGAACGAGCGCCAAAGCCUGUUCUGAUCCCCUGGACCGCGUGCCCUGGGAUGAGGCGGAGGCGUACGGUCCCCGGGUGACUGCACCACCCCCCAACCCCGUAAGAGGGGGUCUCUCCCAUCCAGAGCCGCUUCUGCCUCUAUUAAUCCGCCGCUGGGAACACAACGUCCUACUCAUGGAAAACUCUCAGGAAUCCGGACUGCGCCGAUACCUGGCGAAGCCAUUUCUUCCAUGACAAAUACUCAUCGCAGCCCUGCUCCUCGCCUCCCCUCGUCCCAAGCCAGGCGGGGCGUCGCCAUUUUCCGAGCAUCUCGUGGAAAAUGGAACUCAUGAUCUUUUCUCCUAAGGAGUCCGCGGGUGGUCAGGGCCAGAACCCUGUGGUCCGGGAGUGGGUGAUUUUGCACCCUAGAGGGAACCCUGCUCCGUGCUCUUUUGGGGAUGGCGGCGCCGGGGAGCCGCCGGCGCGCCCACCACCCUCUCGGGUCCCAGGACGCGGCGUCUACGUUCCGCCCGCUCGGCAGGCGCGGAGCCGACCGCGGGCGCACUGACGGGGUGGGAGACGUCUGAGCUCUGAGCGCGCACACCCUCGCCCGCCCUCGCUGCGAGGACUCAGAGCGUGUGCGGGAGGCACAAUUGUGAGUGAGCGCGUGAUUCGCUGCACUUCGAGUGGCAGUUCGCAGCCAGACUGAGCGCCGCCCUCCAGCCUGCGAUACAGGUACACCCUCUCCCAAAUGACUCCUCGUCUUCUGCCUCUCGCCGCCACCCCAGACUCGCACCCCGUCCACCUCGCCCUAGUGGGGUUCCAUUUCCUUUCGCCACGGACCAUUGGAAGCAGCUCUCCAUCCUCCUCGGACGAGCCCGGGGUCCCGCCAGUUUCUAAGGAGCCGACUCCGGUGGGGGCGGAGGGCGGGGAGAGAAGACUGCGACUUUGGGAUUGGCCGGGUCGGGUGCAUGUGGCCCCCGGCGAGCAGCCCCCGCCCCCGCCCCGCAACCGCCGCCGCAUUCCCAGGGGAGCGCGGAGGAGGAGCCGCUCCCCGACUUCGUGGCCCACGAAGCGGUGGGGGUCAGGGGCGGUCUCCCCCGCCGCGUCCGUCUCUGCCCUGACGGAGCAGCUUGCUCCCAGGACACCUAUUGCCAUGGAGACCCCCGAGGCUAUAAAGCCGGGUACCCAGGCGGGGCGGCGGCUCCCGGGCCGUUGAGCCCCCCAAGCAAGGAGCAAGCGCCUCGGCGCUGCGAGGCCCGGCCCCCGCGAGAGGGGAGGAGGCGGAGGAGCGGCGCCAGCAGCUUGAGGAGCGGCGCGCCCCGCCAGGGCUGGAGGCUGGCGCCACCGUCUCAGCAGGAGAGCGGGGGCUGUCCCGGGUGCGGGUGAGUGGCGCGGCUCCCGAACGCGAGAGACCGAGGGGAGCCGGACGCGGGGACAGCAGCGGGAGGCUCAGGAGGGGGCUGAGCUUCAGCUCCCGUCGUCCCGUGGCGGCCCGGGAGCGGCGCCCCGAGCUGCGAGCCACCGACGCCUCUAGGCGCGGGAGACCCGGGGAAGGAGCAGCGAGACGCCCGCGUGCGACCUGGGAGGCGCUGGGGCGACCGGAGUAGGCACCGCAGGAUCCUCGGCCGCAGCCGCCCACUGGCGAAGGGAGCGGCGCCGGAGCUCAGACUCCGGCCGGGGCCCCGCAGGGCACGGGAACAGGGGCGCCCCCGUGCGGAGCUGCCGGGAUACCCGCACGCGAGCGCGGCGGCGGCUGGGACCAUGCUCAAGCCCAAGGACCUGUGCCCCCGAGCGGGUACGCGCACCUUCUUGGAAGCCAUGCAGGCGGGCAAAGUGCACUUGGCCCGCUUCGUGCUGGACGCGCUGGACCGCAGCAUCAUCGACUGCCGCGCCGAGCAGGGCCGCACGCCGCUCAUGGUGGCCGUGGGGCUGCCGGACCCCGCGCUGCGCGCGCGCUUCGUGCGGCUGCUGCUGGAGCAGGGUGCGGCCGUGAACCUGCGGGACGAGCGCGGCCGCACGGCCCUCAGCCUGGCGUGCGAGCGAGGCCACCUGGACGCCGUGCAGCUGCUCGUGCAGUUCAGCGGUGACCCCGAAGCUGCCGACUCGGCGGGCAACAGCCCCGUUAUGUGGGCGGCGGCGUGCGGCCAUGGGGCAGUGCUCGAGUUCCUGGUGCGCUCCUUCCGCCGCCUCGGCCUGCGCCUCGACCGCACCAACCGGGCAGGCCUCACCGCGCUGCAGCUGGCCGCCUCCCGCGGCCACGGGACCUGCGUGCAGGCCCUCACCGGGCCCUGGGGCCGUGCUGCGGCCGCCGCCGCGGCGCGGGGCUCCAACUCCGAUAGCCCCCCUGGCCGCCCAGCCCCCGCGCCCAGCCCGGAGCGUCGACGACCCAGCCCCCGCCGCCUACCGCGGCCUCUCCUGGCGCGCUUUGCACGAGCGGCGGGCGGCCACGGCCACGGCCAGGGUCAUGGCCACGGCAUUGAGGCCGGCUCAGCCGGCAAGGGCUCGGGCCGGCAUCGGGCGCAGGGCUGCGAGCGGCCCGAGCUGGGCCGGAGCAUGAGCCUGGCGCUGGGUGCGGUGACGGAGGAGGAGGCGGCUCGCCUACGGGCGGGGGCCCUCAUGGCGCGGCCAAACUCACCCCAGUCUUCGGGAACUGGGCGGUGGCGCUCCCACGAGGUGCUGGAGGGAGCGCCCCCAGCCUCGGUGCAAGCCCCCAUCGGCCUUAGCCCCCACCCAGAGGGCGGCCCCGGCUCUGGCCGCCUGGGUUUGCGCCGACGCUCCACAGCCCCAGACAUCCCGAGCUUGGUCGGAGAUGCGCCAGGGUCUGAGAGUGGCCCGGAGUUCGAGGCCGACGCCCUGCCGGGCUCAACGCCUGGGCCGAAGGCUUGGCAGGCUGGCGCCGAGGCUGUGGCGCUGCAAGCCCCGCGGUAAAGCGCCCCGAGACGCGAGCCCUGCACCCCCGGGCUUCCGUUCUGCUCCGCUGACAUUUCUCCCUGCCUUCCAGGUCCCUCACUUUCUCGGGGGUCCGCCUCGACUCCUGCCCCCGCCUCAGAGCCCGUUUCGCCACCAAGACGAUACUCCCACCAACCCCUUCCCCCAGCCUUUUGUGCUCGCUGGUAUGCCCUUGCCCAAGCGGCUGGGCUUCCGUACCCCCUGCCUGUCUCGUCCCUGGACACUGGUUCCAUAGGCUGCAGCCUGCCUCCCUGCUCGGAUGGUGGAUCCCUAAGGCUGCUAGGUGCUUGUAGGCCCCUGCCCCAUGGCCUUCCCUGGGCAAAGGCCUCGACCCCCACCAAGUUACGCUGCUGGCAAUGCCAGCGUACCCGCCUCCCUUCCCUCCCGAAGUCAGAGUUGGGGAGGACCGAGAGGGGUCCCCGAGCCUUCCUGGACAGCAGCGCGAUGAGGAAAGAAUCUGGGGACAAACUCCUGCCUCAAGACUAGGAGAGCUGGUAUUUUGCGGGUGGCAGAGCCCCCUGAACCAGCUUCCGGCUAACUCCGGGUCCCUCUGCUUCUGCCCCAGGCAGACCCAGGACCUAAUUGGCAAGGUGGGGUCACCGCCCCAGCACCCCCUCCCCAGACUAAGGCUGCGCCGCUCCCCUCGUGGCCCAGCCUUCCUUCCACUGCCAGAGGCGUGAAACAGGCAGACACUCGGCGCCUCCUGCCCGCCCCUCCCCGCGCCCCCGGCCCGCACGUGGGUGCUUCAGCAGGGUGCAACGGUGGCAACGGCUUUGCUUAAUUGUGCUGCUUCCAAUCCCCAAAGAACUCGUGUUCUGAGCCUUUGUCUCUGAAGCAGUAAGCAGCGGGUCUGAUCCGAGGCUUAAGAACCUGACAAUAUCUCUUUAAAUAGCAGCUCCGCGAGGGGGAUAAUUGACUGAAGUGUUUGCCGCGUGAAACCGCAGCGCGCGGGAGUCGGGAGCCCACACGAGCUGCAGGUACGGGCUUAAAUUACAUCAGACUCCGGCGAGAGCCGGAAGGCGCCCGCGGAACCGCCCCGCGAUAGGCAGGCGGAUGCUGGACGGUAGGGGUGGAAACCCCUGCGUCCACGCCGCCGCGCGGAACGCGGCCCAGCCCAGCUUCACCUCCGGGCGGACUAGUGAGUCACGGGCCACCUCGGAGAGGCAGCGAAAAGCCUCUUCCCCGCGGAGUCCCACGUCCUCUCCUGCCCGCGCCCUCCGACUCUUUAUACCCACCCGCCUAGCGAGGGGGCGGGCAAGGGGGGCGUGUAGGAGCCCGUGGGCUCUAGGACCGUGCGGCGGCGCCAGCGCACGUGUCGGGGCGUUCUGCCCGCCUGUGGCGGCUGGUGGGGCUCAUUUUCUGAACCUCGAGGGUGCAGCGCACAGCUCCUCACCUGCCUGCGCUGCGGUCUUCGCAAGACGUCUUUCCCGAACGGAAGGUUGCAGACCAGAAACUCCGAGGCAACUGCCCGAAGCGAAAAUGGCCGUGCGGAGAAACUGGGCCUGGGGCGUGUGGGAAGGAGAUGGGGAACGGGGCCGGUGCAGGUGUCAGGCGCAGUGUGGGCACCCAGCCACCCCAGAUCCGCGAGGCCGCCGAGGCGCGCGAGCCGGACGUGAUCUCUGGUGCCCCCUGGUGGCGGUGCCGCGCUCUCCCGGCAGCAAAGCCGCGCGUCUCGGGUUCUUCCCCCGCGCGCAUCCUCCUCCUCUUGUGAAACAUUAAAUCCGGAUACUUGAAGUCCCUUCGUAGCAUGAAGUGAGGGCCAGUGAACCAAAAACUCUCACAGGGGAGCAGUGGGAGCUCGGGUUCAUCUUUCAAGUUAAGGGCCCGUGCCCCAAGAGCUCCUGCCCUCUGCCCGCAAACGGGAGCCGCCAGCCCUUCCGUUAGGAUUUCCAAAUCUCGGGUCCCGCUCUCCUGACAUUUGCUUCCUUUGCUGAGCUGCUCUGCCCUCUCCCCAAGAAUCCGCGGUCUGCAGGGUGGGCGAGCCACACGGGAGCACCGGAGAAGCCCGAGGGGAUGAGGAGGGGCUGGCGGGCCCCCUACGUGCAAACGGCUUCCUUCGGAUCCUUGCCUGGUCACUGGGCCCUUCUUCCGCUGGGUUGACUUUGAAGGAAGUUUAUGGUGAUGGAAGGAGACUAGUAUUUUGGCUUAAAAACAGCAGGAGGUCUGGGUCCUGCACUGUAUCAGAAGAGGGGUCAUCUCUCCAGCGUCUCUGACAAGCGGCUUCCUGGAUGGAUGCCACCCGGGACCCUCUUUACUGGGUAGCCCACGGGUGAGGGCUUCUCCCUGUGGGACAGCCGGGGCCUGGCCGCUGAGUCGUGUUUGUGCAGCCUUGCAGCUGGCUCCCGUCUGAACAGAACUGUGCGUCUGCCAGCCUUGCUGUCCUUCCGGCUCGGGGUCAGCCUCAGGGCAGCGAGCCUAGGGCCCCCCCUUGCUCUGUCCACUUUGGAAGAGACUGCGCCAGAUACUCUGCCCUUCCCAUUUCUGUGGCUUUCGCUGUUGCAAAGAGUGGCCCAGGCCACCGAGGCUCAGCACUCGGAAAUCAAGGCAGCGCUGGCCUGUGUGUGAAGCCAAGGGACACAGCCACCGGCUCUGGGAGUGAUGGCGUGUGGAGGAAGGACUCUGAGAACUCAGAAGAGCAGUUAAUAAACCCAGUGUUGUUCCGUCGUGAGAACUGGCCUCUGUUUGCCUUAGCAGCCUCUCCUGACGCGGAGGUGGAGGGAGGCGCUGCGUCCUGGGGAGGUCCCCUCCAUCCCAGCCUCCCAGGGCUCCUCCAGCGGGGAAGUCACAGGCACCGCUUCCCACGGAGCCACUGGGGCUGGGACUACAGCCCCCGGGCAGCGGUCUGGAUGGCCUCUUACCCCUAAGAGAUGUCCGUGAACAUUGGGAGUUCUGGAAGGAAGAGGGUACUGGAAUCGGUAGGAUAGUCUCAUCCACUGACGCGCCCCUAUCCAGAACCACAGGCCCGCUCUGCUCUCCUCUGGGGCCACACCCUCUCCCUCCAUGGGGAUGGCUUUCUCGCUGGAAGUUUCUGGUCACUUGCUGGGGGUCCAGGGAGUGGGCAGCUGGCAGGAGGAGGGAGAAGCGAUGUGGGCAGGCGCUUGACCCGGUCUUUCCCAGAAGGCGCGUUCUCCCGGGGGAGGGAAGGAGCCCUGCCUUCCUGUCUCCCUCAGUCCCAGGGGCCUGUCACUUCCUGUG